AUGAAAAACCACAGUGUUAUCUCUGAGUUCUUCCUCCUGGGGCUAACUGCUGAGCCUCAGAUCGAGGCUCUGCUCUUUAUACUCUUUCUUAUUAUUUAUCUUUUGACCCUACUGGGGAACCUGAUGUUGCUGGUGGUGAUCAGGGCUGACUCCCACCUGCACAUCCCCAUGUACUUUUUCCUAGGACAGUUGUCCUUUUUGGAUCUCUGCCAUUCCUCUGUCACUGUACCCAAGCUUCUGGAGAACCUCCUGUCCAAGAAGAAAUCCAUCUCAGUAGAGGGCUGCAUGGCUCAAGUCUUUUUUGUGUUUGCCACUGGAGGCACUGAAUCCUGCCUGCUUGCUGUCAUGGCCUAUGACCGUUAUGUUGCCAUCAGCUCUCCUCUGCUCUACGGCCAGAAGAUGAGCAGAGAGUUGUGUAUGGGGCUGGUGUGCGGUUCCUGGGGCGUGGCUUUCCUGGAUGCUUUCAUCAACAUUCUUAUAGCUCUUGAUUUAGACUUCUGUGAAGGGCAAAAUAUCCACCAUUUCAGCUGUGAGCUGUCAUCUCUCUAUCCUUUGUCUUGCUCUGAUGUGUCUUCAAGCUUCACUGCUCUGCUCUGUUCCAGCGUCGUGCAUUUCUUUGGAAAUUUCCUCCUCAUAUUUUUCUCCUAUGUCCGUAUUCUGUUCACCAUCCUGAGCAUCAGCUCCACUACAGGCAGGAGCAAGGCCUUUUCGACCUGCUCCUCCCACCUCGCUGCUGUGACAUUUUUUUAUGGUUCGGGAUUUCUCCGCUACCUUUUGCCCAACUCAGGAUCCACGCAGGAGCUUGUUUUCUCCUUGCAAUACAGUGUAGUCACACCCAUGUUGAAUCCUCUCAUUUACAGCCUGAAGAACAAGGAGGUAAAGGCAGCUGUGAGAAGACUGCUAAAAAGAUCUUUCUAA